AUGUCAGCUGCCUCGCAACGUGCUCCAGUCGUCGUCUCGGACAGCGUGCGCAGGCUCGCACAGCGCAGAGCAGGCAGCGAUCAGGGAAGCAGCGAGAGCGACGCCUUCUACGCCUUUAAGUACUCUCUGCUACCCUCGUCGCUCCAGCAAGCUAGCUCGUCCCCACACCUAGGCGCCCUCACCUCGUCCUCAUCGUCUGGCGACCUGCUUCUGGAAUAUCCACCCCGCUCGGCCUCGUCAAACGCCCAUGUCUUCACCUCGAGCCAAGUCUCUGAGCACCACGCGAGCGGCGUCGACCAUCACCUGCUCCUCGUCUGGGAUGCCGACGCCCACGUCUACCGCCUCGAAGCAGUAGCCGCCAGCGUGUCCUGGAAGUUCGACCGGUCCAAAACGACGCUCAGCGAGCGGGCAAAGCGGGUCCUAGCUCAGCGCACCGAUCAGCCCAGCAAGAGGAUCAAGCAUGACGUCGAUGCCCAAGCAUCUCAGCCACCCGUCAUCAACCAAGCUCAGGACGACGACAAGGCAGCGCCCGCCCCUGCGGCUACAUCGUCGCCCGCCUCUUCUACCGUAUCGAGUAAUGCACUUAAAGCACCCGCAACCCGCUCAUCACGACGCCUUUCCGCCCGCCUCUCGCUGAACGAGGAGGAGACGCAAGCCACCGACGCUGCCGCCACGACCAGCAAGACUACCUCGCCUACAAUCGCCUCACGCGCUGCGCCAGCCACGCCACCCGCGCCAGCCGCACCUUCUACGCCCGUCGUCACGGCUACCGCUGGCACGCCGCGCUCAAACAGCGUGGCGCCACGCAGCACCUGGCAACCAUCCACUCUCGCUCCCAGCACUAGUCUCGCCUACGAUGACGACGAUGAAGAAGAAGAAGACGACAGCGAUGAAGAUGAGGACGACGAUGACGAAGAAGGAGAAGACGGUGACGACCUCGCCGACUUUGCUAGGGAGCUCGAGGAGGGUAUGGCGGGCGAGUAG